AUAAACAUACAUUUACCAAAUAAAUACGCAUUUGUUUUUUGUUGGUCAAUAUUACAAAUUAGAAACAAACAAAAAAAUUGUCACUAUUAUUUUGGGUUUACUUGACACCGACCGAUGUUUUGAUGCAUAAAUAAAUAGUUGAAAUUGAAACUGAACAACGAAUUUUUUUUCCGAUCUUUUGAAUUUUAUUUCGUGUUAAAAUCAUGAAUCAUAAUAAUCAUUAUCAUCAUCUUCGUCAUUCAAAUCUGUCAAUCAUAUCGAUUGUUUUAUUAUUGAUAACAAUCUUUUUUAUCAAUAAAUCAUUGGCAUUUGUUGAAGAAUAUCGUUUUGAUCCACAUCCUCAUCUACCAAGGGAAGCACCGGAACCCGAACCAGAACCUGAACCUUAUACAUGGGGUUAUAUGACACCUAUUUGUGAACAGAUUUGUCGCAAUGGUCAUACAUGUAAAAAAUUGAUAAAAAUAUUGGCUGAUCAAAUUGAUCAUUGUAUAGCCGGUUCAUUAUAUAAUUGUGUGGCAAAUCAACCGUUUCAUAUACAAUUUUCGAGUAAAGAACGUUAUCGUCGAUAUUAUCAUAUGAUGAAUGAAAAAAAUGUUCAAUGUCCAAUACGUUUGAAUCAAUGUCCACAAGGUUUUCUACCCAGUGGUUUUGGUAAAAAUGAUCAACAACGACAACGUUGUAUUCCAAUAACACAAUGCAAAUAUUUGCAGCAAAUUUAUUCACAUCUAAAUGAAAUUCAUGAUGGAAUUGAUUGGUGUUGAUGAUAAUUGGAUCAAAUGCAUUUCUAAAUGAUUAG